CGGAGCCACCGUCGUCGUCGUCGCCUCUCUCUUUCUCUCUCCUUCUCCUCCUUCCAGAGCAGCUUCACUCCUCACCACUCUCCUCCGCCACCACCGUCGGAGAAUCGAGCUCCAAGGCUAGGGUUCCGCCGGAGCAGCACGACGGUCAAGCUGGAUAGGCACCGAGGGGACCGCUAUGGCAGCAACAACAACAGCAGCAGCAGCGGCAGCGGCCACCAGGACGCCCACGGCUACCGCCAAUCCAGGGGCCCUCCGCUUCUCCGACGCCCCCAUGAACAACCACCGCGGCCGCCGCAGCCCCGGCAACUUCCGCGGCGGAGGGGCGGGGGCGGGGGCGGCGGGGGGAGGCCAUCGUCCCUUCGACAGCCCGCCCCGCCACCAGGGCCCCGGCGGGUUCCGGCCCGCCGGAGGCCGCGGCGGCGACGGGUACAGGGGGCGGCGGCGGCGGGGGCGGGAGGGGGUACGGGCAGGGCUACGAUGCGCCGCCGCCGCCUCCUCUGGCUGGACAGAAGCGGGGUUUUCCGGCAGGGGAGGAGGAUCUCCUAAUUUAGAUCAUUCUGAUGGAGCUGCUUUUGCUAAACUUUUUGUUGGAUCAGUUCCGAGGAGUGCCACUGAGGAAGAUAUUCGCCCACUGUUUGAAGAACAUGGAAAUGUCAUAGAAGUUGCCAUGAUUAAGGACAAGAGAACAGGACUACAGCAAGGAUGUUGUUUUAUCAAGUAUGCAACCUCUGAGGAAGCUGACAGGGCCAUUAGAGCUUUACACAAUCAAUACACACUUCCAGGGGGAGUUGGUCCAAUUCAAGUUAGAUAUGCUGAUGGAGAACGAGAACGACUUGGGGCGUUUGAGUACAAGCUGUUCGUGGGUUCUCUAAACAAACAGGCCACUGUGAAAGAAGUGGAGGAGAUUUUCACACCAUAUGGUCGAGUUGAGGACGUUUAUCUCAUGCGGGAUGAAAUGAAGCAGAGUCGUGGUUGUGGAUUUGUCAAGUACUCUCAUAGAGAUAUGGCAUUGGCAGCUAUAAAUGCUUUGAAUGGAAACUAUACAAUGAGAGGAUGUGAUCAGCCAUUAACUGUUCGAUUUGCUGAUCCUAAGCGGCCUCGGCUUGGAGAUACAAGUUCCAAGGGUGGUCCUGCUUUUGGAGGCCCAGGUUUCAGUCCUCGUUUUCAGGCCCCAGAACUAAGCAGAGGCCCACCCAACUUUAGUGAUGGUGUGGGUGAUCGGAUGGCACCAAGUGCCUGGAAUCCAAUGAAUGCUCAGAACUUAGGGCCAUCGUCAUUUUCAGGCCAUCCCAAUUUUGGUGGUCAGUUGUUUCCCAAGUCUGGUGAUGUAUCUAAGCCUCUAAAUCCUAACGUUCCUUGGGGGGUCCUACUGUGCCAACGGAUGGUCUUCUUCCUUCACCGGCGGCUCCAUCCUCAUCUAUGGCACAACAGGUAUAGGAAGAAGAAUGACAAACAAUUUGCCUUGCAUCAACCCUCCUUGUUGGAGCUGAGUUUUCAGCCUUUUCAACAAUUCCCAUCUGGGGUUCAGCAAAUAGCACCACAAAUGUCUCUUCAGUCACCUCAGCAGUUACUGCAUUCUCAAUCACACAAUCAACCUUCAACGUCAUACACACAGACACAACAUUCUUAUGCCAUGUUAGGGCAAUUGAACCAACUGCAAACACCUCCUCUCGCGACACCAUUCAGCCAACCACUGCCAUCACAGCCAUUGGUUGGUUCAAGCGGGCAGUUAUCUUCUACUCAUCCUGCUGCCCAGCAGACUGCCUCCUCUAUGACAGUACAACAAACCCCUUUAAAUAUGAAUUUGCUAUCCCAACCUCGGCCUGCUGCAACCAAUCAACCGCAAGUGACUGCUUCUGCUCAACAGCACUUGCUUCAGUCAUUUCAGCAGUCCCCAUCACCGCUGGCUCAGAAGUUGUCACAGCAGACGCAGGCCUUGCAGGCUAGUUAUCAAUCAUCUCAGCAGGCUUUUUCCCAGCUGCAGCAGCAACUGCAGAUGAUGCAGCCAUCAAAUCUAAAUGCAGUUCCACAGCAAGCUCUGCCAACAAAUCAGCAGCCUCAGUGGAACAAUAAUGUACAGCAGCCAGUGGUAAGCACGUCAACAAAUACAACAGCUGCAGAAGUGCCUUCAUCAUCAUCUGUUGCACCGGCGAUACCUGUAUCAACUCCAAAUCUUGCUCCUGCAAAAUGUAUUUGGACGGAGCAUACAUCACCAGAUGGAUUUAAGUACUAUUAUAAUAGUGUAACUGGAGAAAGCAGGUGGCUGGAGCCUGAGGAGUUGAAAAUAUUUAGGCAGCAACAACAGCAGCAACCGCCAAAGUCAUCAGUUCAGCUAACUCAUGCCCAACCCCCUCAACUGUUGCCUCCUCAGCAGGGUGCACAAACACAGCAGCUGCAGCAACAAUCUCAACUUCAGGGACAGCUACCUCAGCAGCUGUUACAACAGCCUCUAUUGUCUUCAUCGUAUCACGCUUCUAUGCUUCCAAGUCACCAGAAUAUUCAGGAACUUGGUUAUUCACAGUUUCAAGCGGCAGCUAAUUCAGUAAAUGAUCCAGCUCACUUCCAGCAGGGUUUUCAGGUUGCUCAGCAAUGGAUGCUGAAGAAUAAGUCAACAGGUACCUGAGUGGAGCAGCGAAAUAGAAGGCGGUCCCAGCAUAGUGUUGCAGCUUGUAGAAAUGCCGGAAUGUUUUUGUACUCGACGGUAGGGAUAGAUCAGCCAGCCAUUUGUAACUACCGAUGAUUGAUGUAGCAUAUUUUUCUUCUAUAUCCUUUACGGUUCUCGCUUCGCUGGCUUACGAUGAGAAGCCUGUGUGCCAUAGUAAAUUGCAUAAUAAACUCCGUGGUUGAAUCGAAUUUUCGCCC